AUGAACCAAUCAGAAACAAAUGGAGAGAAUCAAACUAGACAUAGAACAGCUAGUUCAGGUACAAUAUCACCAACACUAUCUGAUGCUGAAGAUUUAUCAGCAUCACCAACACUUGGAGAUGCUGAUGAUAGCUCAGAAAGUCGAAGCAUUGUUCCUUACAGUCUUAAAUCUGUUGAUGCUCUUCUAUCUCUAUCAAAAACAGCAACACUUGAUGAUUUACAUGAUAUGGUUGAUAAAUGUAAAAAAAUGGUACUUGAAACUGUUGAAUGUACUGAAGAGAGAAAAUGGCUGGUGAGAAGAUUAAUUGAGCUGAGACUACGUGCCCAAGAAAUUAGAGAAUCAACUGAUUCAAAACUAUUGGAAACACAAGUUAUUUCAGGACAUCAUUUGGUACCACAAAAAUAUCAAAUACCCAGUGCUGGACCAACAUACUGUGAUCAUUGCAGUGGUGCUAUUUGGGUCAUGUUACAAUCCUGGUAUAUAUGCAGUGAUUGUGGAUAUUCAUGUCAUUGGAAAUGUCUUGCUGAUAUUCGUAGAAUAUGUGCUCAUGUUGUUGCAAGUGAAGCAGGUGGUUAUACAUUUACAAAAGAUAUUUGUCCAGAAAAAGGUCUUUCAGCUCAACGUUACAAAUGUGCUGAGUGUCAUACAAAAAUUUCCUUUGCUAAUCCAAAAGGAUUGUCAUUGUCAUGUAUUGGCAGUCCUUUUAGACAAGCAGAAUCAAGUUGGAUUGAGCCAAGACUUUGUGAUUAUACUGGUCUUUAUUUUUGUCAACGUUGUCAUUGGAAUACCCUGGAAGUGAUACCAGCAAGAGUCAUCAGAAAUUGGGAUAUGGAAACACGUAAAGUCAGUCGUUAUGCAGCUCAAUUACUUGGACUAUUAAAUAAACGUCCAGUUCUUUUACUUGAAGAUUUAAAUAAAAAGCUAUUUUCUCUAGUUCCAGAUUUGUCUUUAUUAAAGAAAUUACGAGAAGAAUUACAAAUGAUGAAAAAAUAUUUGGUAUUUUGUCCUGAUGCUGAUGCAAAAGGUCUACCAUGGCGAAUUGGACUACGUACUCAUAUGCUUGAAAGUUCAGCAAAUUAUUCAAUAAAAGACCUUGUUGAUUUACAAAGUGGUAUUUUAAUGGAAGAAAUUCGACAAGCAUAUGAUGCCAUGAGGAGUCACAUCACUGAGUCUUGUGAACUUUGUCAUGCAAGAGGACAUUUGUGUGAAAUUUGUGGCAAUAAUGAAGUCAUUUUUCCUUGGAAUGCCUCAGCAGUAUUCUGUCAAAAAUGCAACACUGUUUAUCAUCGUGUUUGCUGGUCAAAACGUAAUCAUUGCUGUCCAAAAUGUUCAAGAAUUAAAAAACGUCUUGCUAAAAAAGAUGAAGAAUCUGAUAUAAAUAAUAUAUCAUAAUUUUAUGAGAAAAAAAAAAAUAAA